ACACCGGAUUGCGCGUGUGGCGGAGAUUAGUUCGAGCUCCCUCGCCCGCGGUAGUCUGCGGUCGCUCGCUUUGUGUAACGCUGCCGCUUCCGCCAAUCGUUGCUCUUGUGUUGCAAUGAGCAGUGGUGCAGUGAUCCGCAACCGGGUCUCUUGCGCCUCGUCGUUGACUCAGCGACGGAAAUCGUUGUUUGCGUGGUGCAAAGGGUGCGCUGUGAGAGCGGAACAGCAGGUUGCAACGUUCCGGUGGAUGCUGCUGCUGAGAAGUGCCAGCGCAGCAAGUCGAGCUGUACGCUUCAGCUUAUCGAUUAAGGUAAGGUAGUCUUGAGUGCAUGCAGUGAAGCCCGGG